GGGGAAAAAAAUAUUGAGACCUAAAAAGAAUGAUUCUGCAUAGUAGAAAGUUGCAAAAAUGCAUUACAUACAAGGAACCUCAUCAUUCCAAAUUCACUCUUUUAAAAAAUGAAUGAAAGAAAAUAAGAGAAAUUAAGAAAAUCUAGGAUUAUUAUUAAAAAAAAACAACAAUAAUAAUAAUAAGAGUAAGCUUCCCUUCUCUCCCUCUCAUACCCACAAAUUUCAAUGGAAUGGAAGAUUGAAGAUUAAAGAAGCAAAAUUCAGUUGCUCGAGGGAAUUGAAAAGAAAAAUAGGGAAACAAGAAGCCAAACAGCACUCUGAUCAAAACUUGUUGAAUCCUCUUGAUUAAAUCAUUUUCCCAACCCAAUAAAAACUCAAAUCUCACUUCUUAAAGAUACGAAAAUUCCCAAUACUUAAAUGCCACAACUAUUCUCACUCAUUCUCUCUCUCUCUCUCUCUGAACUUUAUGUAUGGAAAAAUAAUAAAUGAGAGCUACUUUAAAGGGCAGAGGAUAAAAGGAAGAAAUUGGAAGGGAGUUCAUAGGGAAUUUGUGGUCCAAUGUGCCAAAACUUUAGUUUAGGUGAUUUUUUUCCCUCUAUUCACUUUUCGGGGUUUUUUUAUAAUUAUUUCCCUCUUCCUCUGCAUAAAUUCUCUUACUGUUUCAAAUUAAUUAAUAUCUGAGAAUUUUAGAAUAUCUUUUUGGGUUCUCUUUCUUUCUGCCCAUUUAACAAUGAAAAUGGCAUAUUACCAAUCAUCCUUUCCCCCCUAUAGGAAACACCCAUCAUUGCUCCCAACAAUCCUUUUCAACCUUAGAAACCUGAGCUUCUAAAAAGAUAUAGAAUUGGGUUUCUAAUUCCCAUUCUUCCCAUUCCUUCCUUUUAAUUUCUCAAUGCAAUUUAAAUACCAGCCUUCUUAAUAACCUUUUCUCUCCCUCUUCCCCUCUUCUACUUCUACCCCCCCCCCCCCCCCCCCCCCCCCCCUCUCUCUCUCUCUCUCUACUUUUCCUUUUAGUUCCAACAAGGUCACAAUGGAUCCCUCCUCCACCAACUCUGUCAAUGGCUUCUAUACUUUUCUGACUCGAGGGAUCGAUGAUCUUGAACGGGUUUACCUUUCAAAUAAUUUCAUGUCAAUCCAAUUCCUUCAAAGGGUUCUUUCACUACUCCGAUCAUUUCAUUCCCAAUUGACACUUCUUGUCCAAAAGCUUCAUUUGCCUGUGGGGGAGAAGUGGUUGGAUGAGUACAUGGAUGAGAGUUCUAAGCUGUGGGAUGCCUGUCAUGUCCUCAAAUCAGGCAUUUCCGGAAUCGAAAAUUUCUACUCUGCUGGGUUCAAUAUCACUUCCUCUCUCGAAGCUCAUCGCCAUCUGAGUCCCCAACUUUCUCGCCAGGUAAUUAGGGCAAUAUCAGGGUGUCGAAGAGAAGCGGUGGGAUUGGAAGAGGAGAAUCGAGCACUGAUGGAAGCAAGAAUUCAACCGCUAUCUCUGAGGUUCGAUGAGAAAGUAUCGAUCGAAUCAAAGCUGAAUGGAUUCAAUGGAUUCAGGGGAGUUCUGUACGCAAUGAGAAAUGUGAGCUCACUCCUCCUAAUGAUCUUGCUCUACGGGCUGGUUUACUGUUGGCCGGAAUCGAAUUUCGUAAGAGGAGGGUAUGAAGGGUGUCUGUUUUUCGGUUCAGCUUUCAUGAUAUCGACGGCGAGAUUGCAGGAGAGAGUCGCCGGAGAGAUCAACCAGAUGAACGGAAGGCCUGGGAUUUUGCUGUACGAGUUUAGGAGGUCGAAGAUGGCGAUGGAGGAAUUAAGGGCGGAAUUGGAGAGGAGGGUGGGGAUGGGGUCGCAAGGCGUGGUAGAAUGGGAAACAGAGAUUGGAAUUAGAGAAAGAGUUGAGAAUUUGAGAGCUUGUUUUGGGGUACUGAGAUCUGGAGCUGAGAAUAUUGUUUGCCAACUUGAUGAUUUCAUUGAUGAAAUCGUUGAAGGCAGGAAGAAGCUUUUGGACUUUUGUAGCCACAGGUAGACAGAGAUGGGAAAAUAUUGUAGUUGUUAUGGUUCAAAGGCCAAAAGAAAAAAAGGGAAAAAAUAUUAAAAAAAAAAAAGAAAGAAAAAAGAAAAAAGAAAAAAAGAAAAAAGAAAAAAACAAGUAGAAGAAUCAAUUGAUGGAGUUGUUGUACCUUUUAACCCUUCCCUGCUCUUCUCGUUUCCAGAUUUUUCUUUAAUCCUCUAAAAAGUAAAAACAAUCAACAGGUAAAUAAAGGGACAAAAAAGAAAUCAGAUACCCAUAUAUUAAUUACUAAAAA